CUGUUUCAAUAUGGUGGAUCAGCUGGUAGGAAUUAUUGAACUACAAGUUAAUUAAUUUGAAAAUUAGCCAUGAUUGUUAGAAAAUGGGUUCUAUUGCUUCAGUAUUACAGUGGCACUGUGAGAAGUGCACUUUAAUUAACCCAACCGAACAAAUUAAGUGCAUAAGAUGUGGAACUGUGCGAGAAUUCAAACCACCUAGAAAACCUGGACUUAGGGGUAGAAGUGCUAGUUUCAAUGAACGUCCCCUGAAAUAUUCUACAUUCACUGUUUCAUCAAUCAAGAGGGAUGAAUCAAGAAGUGAGCUGAGUAGUUCGAAUCAAACUUCCAACCCUGAGAAAGAACCAGUUGACAAUUGCUUAGCACAAAGUGCCAGGAGAUGUCAGGUGAAGGCCGCUACGUGGCACGCAGGGGACAGUGGCCGAGGAGAAGGUGUCGUCCGCUCCACCAGUCUACCUAACCUCAUGUCUCACUGGGACUGUAGUGUGUGCGGCCUCACCAACACCAGCGUCAGUGAUCGUUGUGCCGCAUGUGGAAUGGCCACCAACACCACGGUGCGUUCCCCCAAACGACAGAGCCCAUCCGUCUACGAGAAGGUCCGCUCCAAAGUCAGCAGGUCUUUGUCCAACAACGGUGUAGUUCAGCGUCGACGCCCCAGCAGUCUGGUGGUGGAGUCCAACAGUCUCACGUGGAACGUCAACAACAUCGGUGACAAGAACUCCUGGUCGUGUUUGCGAUGUACUCUGGUCAAUCUGAACAGUGUGGAAAGGUGUGCCGUGUGUGAGAUGCCUCGGAAAGCUAACAUUCCCAGUAGUUAUAGUACUUUGCCCAAAUCUGGGGUCGUAAUCACGAUUCCAGACUGGAGAAGUUCCGUUGGCGCUCACAGAAAUUUGCUUGCGACUCCAGCUAAGGAAGUCGCUAUUUCGGUGCAACAAACUGAUUCUAGUCUCGCUACUAGUUUAUGGACUAAACCUAUAUAUCGUAGAUCUUUUUCGGAGGUCUUGCCCUCCGAUCCGCCUUUAGAUAAUAAGAUUAACAGAAGAAGUUUAGUCGAAACGGAUGCUCAAGGUAAUUUGCAACAGACGGUGCCGCGACAAGCUAAUAAUUUAAAUUUGAAACUGACUCCAAUCAACAGAUCUCCUAGCACAACUAGAUACUCGUACAUAGGAAUUUCGGAACCCGGUGUUCAGCAUUUACGGAGUCCACAAGGGACUGUGGCGGCCAAAAGAGUUUCUACGGGAUCCGUGGUUAUAGAUCUGGUGGAUAAGAAAAAUUCCCUUACUGAAAGCACAAGCGCUAAAAACUUUGAGAGAAUGUGGACUUGCAUAAAAUGUUCUUACGCUUACAAUCCUAUUUGGUCUGAAGCUUGUGAUAUUUGUAACUCCGUAAGAAGCCCGCCGAGUCUAACGGAACCCAGCCUCAUCACAGUUACCAAAGACAGUGUACGAUACACGCCUCCUAAAGAAGAAGGAUUGGAAAAUGGGCCAGAUAACCAUCUUCAACAAGACUUAGAAGAUGACUUUCAAUUUCUACCCGGUGAUAACGCGGAAGAUUGGACCUGUAAAAAGUGCACUCUAGUCAAUUCCGGCAGCGAAAUGGCUUGUGUCGUUUGUGGAGGGUCGAAGCUCAGAAGUAUAUCGUUAGUACGUGACAUGACCCUACGCAAAGGCGAGUUCUGGACCUGUCCGCAAUGCACAUUGAAGAAUCCUCUCAGCUCCCAGCAUUGUCAAGUGUGCAAAACGGCCAACAAGCCGCAAAGAUUGCUCGAAGUGCCUACAUCUAAAGUUCCCAGAAGUCCUUCUCCGAGACACGGGCAGAAGAAGUUGGCCGGUGCCAAUCCAGCUCUGGGUGCCAUACCCAAACAGAGACAAACACGCAAGAACAGCUCCCACAGAAGCAGCGCUCACGUGCGACACAGCAGAUCAGGAGUUAUCGGGAGUUACAGCAACGGCCCUGUUACCAACGAACUCUCUGUAAUCCCAGCCCAAGUAGGCGCUCGCAGUCCCUCCACAUCGUGGCAUUGUGUUCACUGCACAUUUGAGAACCACACAGCGUCCGUGGCAUGUGAGAUGUGUCAGACGUCGCGGAGUGUCUCUUCAUCAGCGUCGCCAGUCGCCCCUGGGACCCCAGUGUCGUCUCCUGCGCCCCUUGACGUGCCCCCUAGAGUGCAGACUAUGAGACAAGAGAGUGAACUGAUGGAGGAUCUGCGUCAUAUAGAGGAGCGAGAGGCAUUGGAGAAAUGGAAGAGGAUCGUGCAGUUCUGCAAAGAGAACAACGAGCCGUUUGUAGACGACUCGUUCCCUCCAGCGCCCAAGUCUCUGUACUACAACCCCGGGGACAGCAAAGACCAGAACCACGUGGUGCAGUGGUUACGACCUCACCAGAUCAACACGGAAGGCGACUCUAAACUGAAGUGGGCCAUCUUUCGCACACCACUGCCAUCAGACAUCUCACAAGGUGUUCUCGGCAACUGCUGGCUUCUUAGUGCGCUAGCUGUGCUGGCAGAAAGAGAAGACCUUGUCAAGAAAGUGAUGGUGAUGAGGGACUAUUGUCACCAAGGGGCGUACCAAGUACGACUGUGCAAGGACGGAGUGUGGACCACGGUGUUGGUGGAUGAUCUGCUACCUUGUGACAAGAGAGGACAUCUCGUGUACUCUCAGGCCAAAAGGAAGCAGUUAUGGGUGCCUUUAAUAGAGAAAGCUGUUGCCAAAAUACAUGGUUGUUAUGAAGCGCUGGUCUCCGGAAGAGCUAUUGAAGGCUUGGCCACGUUGACAGGUGCCCCGUGUGAAAGUGUGCCACUACAGCCGAGCUCACUGCCAUCAGAAGAUGAGCUUGACAAGGACCUGAUCUGGGCCCAACUGUUGAGCUCCAGACUGGCCAGGUUCCUGAUGGGGGCUUCGUGUGGCGGGGGCAACAUGAAGGUGGACGAAGAUGAGUAUCAGCGGCGGGGACUGCGACCCAGGCAUGCCUACUCGGUGUUGGACGUGAGAGAUCUGAACGGCAUCAGAUUGGUAAGACUGAGGAACCCCUGGGGACACUACAGCUGGCGAGGAGACUGGUCGGACGACUCCGACAUAUGGACGCCUCAGCUGAGAGAACUGCUCAUGCCCCACGGUGCGUCUGACGGGGUCUUCUGGAUAUCGUUCGAGGACGUGCUCAAGUACUUUGACUGUAUAGACAUCUGCAAGGUGCGAUGGUCAGGCUGGAACGAGGUGAGGCUACGAGGUACGCUGCCUCCCCUCGCCUCUCUAGAACAUCUGUCCUGUGUGCUACUGACGGUGCUGGAGCCCACUGAGGCAGAGUUCACACUCUUUCAGGAGGGACAGAGGAACAGUGAGAAGUCGCAAAGGUCGCAGCUGGACCUGUGUGUAGUGGUGUUCCGCACAAGGUCCCCGGCCAGUCCCGAGGUAGGACGUCUCGUCGAGCACAGCAAACGACAAGUAAGAGGCUUCGUCGGGUGUCACAAGAUGCUGGAGAGGGAUCUGUACAUCCUCGUCUGUCUAGCCUUCAACCACUGGCAUACUGGUAUAGAGGACCCAGCCAACUAUCCUCAGUAUGUGUUGGCCAUCCACAGCUCCAAGAGACUGCUAGUGGAGCAGGUGUCUCCGCCCGCCUUCAUGUUAGCUGAUGCUAUCAUCAGUCUCACACUGGCUAAGGGUCAGCGGCAUGAGGGCAGAGAAGGCAUGACGGCCUACUACUUGACUAAGGGUUGGGCUGGGUUGGUGGUCAUGGUGGAGAAUAGACACGAGAACAAGUGGAUCCAUGUGAAAUGUGACUGUCAGGAGAGUUACAAUGUGGUGUCCACCAGGGGACAGUUGAGGACGGUCGACUCUGUACCUCCCUUGCACAGGCAAGUGAUCAUAGUGCUGACUCAACUAGAGGGCAGCGGGGGCUUCUCCAUAGCUCAUCGACUGACACACAGGCUAGCCAACAGCGGGGGACUGCAUGACUGGGGGCCCCCCGGCAGCUCACAUUGCCCCGUCAUAGACAGACAGGUGGAGGGCCUACACUCACCCCGCCUCAUCACGUAACACUGGUCGCCUGUUUGAGCCACACCGGUGCCCAACUAUCAUGUGAUAUGUAAAUACAUCUUUUGUCGUAUUUUAACAGUUUUGUAAGUCAAGUUGUGCCCCACUAUAGCUAGCGACUCCGCACAACCCAAUGGACGUUGGAAACGUACACCGCUGCUGCUCCGGUUUGUCACAGUUAGGAUCUUCACACUCGUCUGUCCCAGAAAUUUGAGCACAAGUUUUACAAGGGUUGGAUAAUAAUUUUUGAUAUUUCACAUCAAAUUUGUAGGACAGUUUGUUAUUUUUAACUUUGGUUUAGUAGCCUUCGGAUUAUCGAUAAAUAAUAAAAAUGGAGUAUGAAUCGGUGUCACCAUCUUGCUGUCUUCUGUGGCAAUCUUCAAUUCUUUUGAAUAUGGUCUUCAACAGGAGAUGAUUAUAAUAUGCAAAAUGUCUAACACAGCCCCACACGUAACACCAAUGGCACCAAUUUAGCACCGAAACUAGUUUAAUUUAAUGGAUUGCCCCAAACAGGGUCUUUUUCUCUCUAGGAUGUAGCACAGAAUUCUUUCCACAUUACUUAAAGCUAGAGACGGCUGCGGCAUUAUCACCGAAAUAAAAUCAAUUGGUGAUUGGUGGGAACCCAGAACCUCCAGGAAUGGAAGCCCUUGCAGUUUACCAUAAUGCCAGCUCCCUCCUCAAAGCAUAUUUCUUAUUUUUUAUCCUAGGACGCUAGACACGAGCCCAGAAUUGUUUUUCACAUUACUUUAGCUAGACCUAGGGGUUGCGGCAUUAUCACAUGGAUAAAAUCCAUUAGUGAUUUG